GUCAAAAUGCUCUAAAACUCACCUUGAGACUGCCUUCCAGUGCAAGGAUGCAAAGCAGAUUGACAAACUGUUUGCACUGACUGAAAAAUAUCCUGUCCAAGACACAGGAGUACCUAAAGAUGAGGAAUAUCUAACAGAUCAAGUUACAUUGGAAAUUGCAUCUGUGAACAUCAAGACCCUUACAUCAGAUUCUGGCCUAAUCCAACAGCCAGAAGACAAAGACACACAAAACCAUACUGACAAUUCACUUUCAGAUCUCAAGAAAACCUGCAAGGAAAAUGUCACCUGCUCCUUGUGCUUAUUCCGUGCACCGACCAUCAGUGAUAUGCUCAAUGAUGAGGACUUGUUGUACACAGUGAGGCUAAAGCUGGACCCCUGCCACCCAACAGUGAAAAACUGGAGAAAUUUAGCAAGCAAGUGGGGGAUGACUUAUGAUGAGUUAUGCUUCCUUGAACAAAAACCCCAAAGUCCCACCUUGGAGUUCUUGUUACGGAAUAGUGACCGGACUGUGGAGCAGCUGAUUGAUCUCUGUAAAUUUUAUAAGAGAAUUGAUGUUGUGAAAGUGCUGCUGAAAUGGGUGGAGGAGGAAUGGCCCAAGAGGGGGAACAGAACUUACCAGAAUGACUUCUAGGUCAAAAAAAGUUGUUAGUCUGUACAUGUUAAACAUUGGGACUAGCUGCCACUAAUAUAUUGGAUGUUUUCCUUGCAAAAGAGAAAGCCUGUACUGAUGGUUCAUAUACUGUGUAAGCUUUAUCUACUGUAUACACAUAUGUAUGAUCUAUGCCCUCAGGGUUGCAGAGGUAACCAAAGUGGGUUAUCUCCAGGUUGUGUUCUUGAGCCUACAAAUACCUUCAGCUUCUUUGCUACUGUGCGUAGGCUUCCUAAGCAGAAGAGGAAUGAAAAAGUCAGACCACUGGUUUUACUGCAGCAGUUGUGAACCAAAUCAAUUGAGUGCUGUUGCUAUUGGGAAAGCCACAAUUAGAAGGCAAAUCUCUUGGCCUUACUGGCAGCCCUUCCACAAUUUUGUAUGUUCUAUCUAGUAAAAGA